UGGUGGGCGGUCUGGUCUCACCUGGGACGCAUGGGACACCGACGACACUGUCUUAUACCACGGAGCACUAGUAGAUACCUCCUAUACAAAGCUGUUAUUCCUCCUCCACACAUAUAUACUACACCAUCUCUCGGCUCUCGCGCUGGGCUGUCAGAUUUUGCGGUCUGCAUCUACCUGCCGUGUUGCUGCAGUGUACAUGUAUUAUAUAUGUGACAUACUUGCGCGUAGCAGUUAUACGCAAGAGGUAGGCUGCAUACUCCAAGGUCCCAACAUACCAAGGCUCCAUGGGUAGGUACAUGGAUGUGUGCAUGUAUGUUGCAUGCGGCGGUGCUGUAAUCAUGUACCGGUUGGCCGAGACAAGAGCCGGGCACUCUCUCGCACUUGGUCCUUCAGGGCUACGCUGCCUUUCAAAAGGCCUUUUGCCGGGCGUUGUCAAGCAUAGUAGGAAUGGCAUACAAGUUAGUAGUACGAAGCAGUGCAUGGCAAGCAUUGGGAUAGAGUGUCUUGGGCGCACUUUUGUAGGCAGGGAGAGCAGCGGUGAUUAUGCCCGGCUAGGCAAGAUCGCGGACCUGUCUCAGCUCACCACCUCAUCCGUCGGUCUGGCCAAAGGGGCACACACAUGUAACAAAGAAGCCUCGCAAGGUGUCGGAUGCUGCCAGCCAGCUGGUACGAGUACUUGCCCAGCAGUGCUUUGUGCGUGGCGAGUGCCGGUACGGGUACCUCGAAGCCAAGCAAGGCAGAAAGAAGGCGGCCGAUGGGAAACCUUGUUCCUCGAAUCGCCCGCCUCACGGUCAUCCACCCUGCUUCUCUCUCGCCUCUCGUUGCUUUGUCCACCGCCCCUGCUACGCCCUCUGCCGACUGCCACUACUGCUGCUCGUAUAUCUGAUGCCCUACUGCCUGCUGCCACUGGCCUAUUCCGCACCAAUCCAACAUACAUGCAUGCCUACACUUAGUCCCUGCUAUACACACUUACAUGUACACUCCCCCGCCGUUUCUUAUUGCUGUCUCAGCUCAGGGUCUCGCUCUACUCUAGUCCCAAG